AUGGGAAUCGCCCGCGACAAUGCUUCUAUUUCAGGCUCUAGAAUUUCCCGUCUUCGGGGGGGCGGGCAACAAACUGGGCAACUUCAUACCUUGGAGAACAACCCCGCCGAAGAUGAUCUGGAUGUUGCACAGGUCCCGGAAACGAAUCGAUCGACCAAUUCCCUCGACUUUCUCCAGGCAAAUGUUAUGAGAUGCUGGGAUCGAGUCUAUGCCCUACAUCAAUACUCCAAGACUUUGGAGAAGCCUGCCGCAUUCAUGGCUUUGCAAGAUCCACCGCUGAAUAUUCAGGGUCUACGACUCUCGUCUUAUUGGCUUGAGAUCAAGAACGACUGGCCGACUGUUGAUGGCGAGGACCGACCUGUGCUUGACGAAGACGAAAAGCAGAUACUUUCGGCUAGACGAUUUGCCUUCUACGUUCACAAGUCAAUCCCAAAGAGCUCUUGGAAGGUUGAGUGGGCAGAAGACCGCAACCGUUACUACGUUGCCUAUCCUCAUCUGGACCUGGAGGGAGGAGAAACGGCAUGCAUUGGCAAUGCUUACAACCGCCACCGCGACAAGACUAUUGAUUUUGACAUACUCCUACAGCCCUCGCUCACCGGCCCCUCCUCCAUGCUUCUUGGCGACUUCAACAUUCAACACCCAAAACAUGGUGGCAGUAAGGCUCGCAAAGACAGACUAGGGACGGUCUUGUGGGAGAAAAUCGCGGCGGCCAACAUGACAUGCCUCCCUCACCGGGGAACGCCUACUAUCUCAAACGUCGAAUACAACAAUUCCGUGUCGUGCGGCCACGAGGUUUUGAGUCAGACCAUGCCGUCUUUGCACACGACGCUCUCAACAGCAGUCGAUCAAGAUGCUCGGAAGCGGUUCCGCCUCAAAAAGUCCGCUGCUGAGGAACUCCCCGUCAAGGUGAAGGAGCGAUUGGAGGCGAACAUUUGUCCAGUUUCAGACAUACCAUCUCAGGAACUUGAUGGCCCAGGGGCAGUGGAUCAGUUUGCGAAAGCCUUCACUGAUUCUAUGAAGCAAGCUAUCGAAGCUUGUGCGGAUCCGGUUGACUUGAUCCCUGCUGGCCAGAAGCCGGAACCCGAGACCCGUUUGAUCAACAGCCUGUUGAAGCUGGAAGAACGAGAGCUUGGUGUCCUACGCCGGUUGAAAUACGGGACGCCAGUCUAUAACAAGCAGCUCUCUCAGUGGCAACGCGCCGUCCGGAACACCAACUAUCGCCUUCGCAUCUACAGGACAGUUCGGAAGCGCAACAGGCUUGCCAAAACAGCCGAGCAUCAGGUCGGUCUGUAUGAAUUGGCCAGGCAGACUCGCGCAGCCAGUCAGACCCAAGGACGAGCUCACAUGCCCUGGCUCAAGAACGCCAAUGGCUCUGUCUGCAACUCCCACGCAGAGAACGCUCACUGUUUCCGCAGUCAUAUCUGGUCAGAGACAAGUGAUGACGCGCCGGCCCCGGCUGGCCUUGAAGCGCUCGAAGAUGCCAUAAAGCAAUUCACUACACCAGCUCCGUCAUCUUCCCGCUCCUCCUCACGGCGUGUGACACCAAACCAUUCCCAGAACCGUCCGCCGCCGCCGUCUUCUGAGACCCUGUCGACGCCACGCGACACUAUGAACGGAAACGAGCCGCUGGUCCCUCGCCCGUCAUCGUCAUCAGAGCCGUCUCCGUCAGAGUCGUGUCCGCCUCUGCAUCAAAGCCCCGAUUCCCACACUCGAUCUCUCUGCAACAAUUCGACUAUCGUUGCCGACGCCCAGCAGCUGGAUGUCCUCGCUUCUGCCAUGCCUCCAGUCCCUAAGUUUGGCACACGCCCCAGAUCGUGUGAUGGAACCCGCAACGGUUCUCACCCCCUCGGCACACGGUUCCCACGUCCUGGCCCCAGACGUCGCUCCCACAUCCCGUCUCAACGCGAAACCCAUCGCCAUGGCAGACGGCAAGAUGAGCUGCGUGGUGUAUCAUGCCCGCCUGACGAGCCAUCCCGCUCCCAAAGUGAACAGGAAGCCUCCUACCAAGGUACGUCACAUACGGGCACACGCGCUGGCUCAUGCCCGCCAGGCCUUCACUCUACAACCCGCCAUGCCGACACGACCACUCGUGAGCACGCCAACUCGGAGCAUGGGAGCGCUUCUACUGCCGGCGUAGCCAGUGGCGCUAGCACGGAUUCUCAUGGCGCACGCUGGGGUUCAGAUCGACUUCGGCGUGACGCACUGGCGAAUGAGAAGCUCCCCUACACUACGAAAGAGAACAUUUUUCGCAUCAUCGAUGAAUUCUUGCCCCACGGCAAGCAGCCAGGUCCUGACUGA